AUGGCGCCCACGAAGCACCCUUCCGCGUGGAAAUUGAACAAGGCUGAGCAAAACAGCGUGGAACAAGACCUCGCCACUUGGGAGGCAAACUUGGCCACAGAUAUUAGCGAUGAAGAAAAAAUUAGGCUGAAGGAUGAUGAACGCAAAAGGUUGGUUCGCUUGGUGCAGCAGUCCAAACACGAUGCCAGUUUACAAAAGCAAAGCGCAGCUGGUGCCAAGAACAAAGCCAAAGCAGCCAAAGCGAAUGCCAAAGACGCUGCCAAACCAGGCGCUGGAAGCGGAGCUAGGUCGUCAGGUGCUGCAUUUCCUGCUCCUGCGGACACGUCUGCUUGCAAUGGUGACUACUAUGAGCAAGUCAAGCAGGACUUAGCUGUGAUUUCGAAGAUUCUCGGCAACGACCUGAAGGAAAUCUUGCCAACGCCCAUUGCUGCGACUGACAGCUUCGACUUGCAGAAGGCGAAGGUUGCAUUGGAGGCACAUGGAACUUACAUUUCCAGUUGCAACCUUUACUGGCUGGACAUGUGGAAAAAUCCGGCUCCUGGCGUCCCUUUGUCGCGUGACCGCAUUGCAGGCCUUGCAAAGUUCUACUUCCCGGAUGACCGCAACAACAACUUUCAAAAGCUGCUGGAAGUUCAGGUGGACGUCGGGGCCCUCACGGAAAAACCAAGCGGCUUGGUGGUCAUUUCUCCUUUGGAGAUCAUCCACGCCAUUGUGCUGAAGGCUGCAGAGGAACUGGGUCGCGAUAGCGUCACUGCUGCUUGCAGAGAAGCGUGGAAACAAGCUUUGACUGCAGUGCCAGUGACGAUGACGGCUUGCAGUGAAGCAGAUGUGUGGGUGCAUGCUUUGAACAAGCGUCAAAUGGUGGCGCAGGAGCAUGAGUCCUUGACGCGCACCGCCUGGCAAAAUGCUGCUGAGCUCUACCAUUUGCAGGCUCUCUUGGAGAAGUUGGAGAACCGCAAGCUUUCAGAAGCUGAAGUGGUUCAAGGCUUGAAAGCAAAGCAUUUGAUGACUGCGCAGAAAGGCGCAGGGCAGUCAGCCACGGAUGUCUCCAACUACGUCGAAUGGAAUUUUGUGGCUGCCAAGACCAUUUAUACAAAGCUCCAUUCUGACAAGAUCAUUGCCGAUAUUGUGACCAAGUUUGAAGUUCUCAAAGGUUCCGACAGCCCUUUCAACAGCCUGGUGAAGCUGGAAAAGUUAGCCCAAAGACCGAGCUGCAUCGCAGCCCGCCGCUUCAUUUUUCAGUUGAUGGACGACCUGCUGUGCCACGGGGUGAUCCAAGACGACGACCUGGGCAAGAAACAAAUGAUUGGCUCCUCUAACAAUGUGGGUGUCAUUCACUUGUUCGAGUUCAAAUGGCGCUGCCUCAGGUACAUCCUCGACAUCAUGUUUGUCCAGGGCAAGCUGAAGGAUUCUGACCGGAUGCUGCUCAAAGAACGGCUGUGUGACCCUCCUACAGCCCGAAGAAACACAGUUGAAAACUUGAGCUGGCAAUCGGCUUUGGCAAAGUCAUCCUUGGAAGCCUUGGAGUUUGUCCAUGACGUGGUGUACCUGAAGCAGUUUGACAACGUCAUCCGCCAAGCCAUGAAGCCCAACUCGCACCCGGAAAUCCUGCAAGAAAGCGAGCAUAUCCAGGAAGCUUGGAAGCGAGUCACCAACGCACGAGAGAACGAAUUGGCAGAAGAGAAGGUCCAGCUGCAGAAAGAAAGCAAAAGCGAAGAGGAAGAAGAUGGCCCCGACACUGGCAGCCAUGACAACUUGCUCCAGCUUGCUCGGAAGACCCCCAACACCUUGCCACAAGGCUCACCCCAGUACUGGCGAGCCAUUGCCAACCAAACAGUCCGAAUGUAUUGCAGUUUCCUCACGGAGGGCAGCACUCCAGCAGGCGUUGUUUCCAGCAUUGAGCAACUCAACCUGCCGAGUGGCGAAGUUGGAAAGUCUGCCAUCCUGGUGCACAUGGAUACAAGCUUGCUGGGUGAAACCACUGGCCCCUCUUGCCAAGAAGGUUUGAGAAAGAAUUGGCGACCGGACGAGGCCUUACUCCAAAAGCUGCUUGGCUCUGCUUUGACUGCCCUAGGAGCCCAACAAGACAAGAACGGCAAGGGCACCACACCUGGCGAAGGAGUACUGGCUGCUGUCAUCGAUCCUCUGAAUGUGGUGCCUAAGGGAUUCCUGAAAGACAGCACUGCGCAGACUGUCUGGUUGUGCUUCAACGAGGAAAGCAUUCGUGGCAGAAAGAAGAGAGUGAGGGGUCACUCCUACACACAGAGGUUGGAACUGACCCUCUACUCCGACAAAGGCCUGGGAGUAAUUCUUCCUGAGAAGCCUCGCCAGAUUUACAGUGGAACUUCGUCUGGAGACAUCAUUGGCUUCGUGACUGCCAUGCCCAUCAGCCAGAUGUGGAAGAUGAGCAGGAAAGAGAAAGUGGAGAUCCUCGGUCAGAAGCGCACCAUUCUUUUGACCCAAGACCAAGGUGGGAAUCAGGAUCCGUCGGCAGAAGAAAGUGUCUUCAGUUCUUGCGUUUGCCCUACUGAGCUCUACCAGGAAAUGCUGCACAGCUACUGUGCGACUUGCGUGCUAGAUGUUUCUCCGGGCCAAGGUGAAUUUCUCAAAGCCUCCUUAGCUUCGCGAACCAAAGCCAUCGCAAUUUGCGGCACGGAGGUUCAUGGAUCCCGCCUGGAGUUGCUUCUGACGGAGUACAUCCUUAGUGAGCUCUCUCGUGAAGGCAGCACCUUUUAUCGACCUGAAUCCGUGGCCAAGGAUGAAGACGAGACAAAGAAGGAGAACAAGAUCGACGAAGCAGGGUCCAAAAAGAGGACCAAGAACGCGGCAAAGCCAAACCCUGUGGAGAAGAAGCGUCGCAAGAACGAGGAGAACCUCGAGGAGACCAAGGACGAGGAGACCGAAGUCAAAAAGACGACCAACAAGAAGGCCAAGAAGAACAAGCAGGAAGAUGAGCAACAGGACGGAGAGGACAGCGACGAGAAAUCCUCCGAGUGCUGGUGA